AUGGCUGCCAGUUCGCAGUACCACAGAGGCGCUACCGCUCCCCACUCGCACUACCACGCUCUGCCUGGCAACCAAGAACACCUGUACACCGACCUAGCAACAUCGUGGCAUGGCUCCAACGGAGCCUUCUCGCGAGCUCCCGCUCCUUCGGCCCUUCUCCAGCGCUUUAGCUCCCCGGCCCACCGCCCGCCGGCCCACUAUCUCGACUACGCCGGGUCCAGCGAUCACCUCAAUCCCAACCUCAACCCACCGCCAUGGCACGCAGCAUACACCCGGCCGAAUCCCCAGGCUCCUCAGGGAUGGAACCCAGACUUCAGCGAGGGUGCCCUCACCUCGCGGUCGCUGUCCUACAGCGAGGCUGAAGGUCGACAGUCCGUGCUGCACGUCGACCCCCGGUCUUCGCGCCCGUACGAAAACGCUUCCACUGUCCCGCUGAGCAGCCCUGCUCACGAAUAUCGGCCUCAAGAGGACCACCAUGCCCCUCAUGUGACUGCGGAUGGUGCCGUAGCCGCAAAUGCCCCGCCAUUCCCAGCAGAUGCCCGCACUUUGGCUCCCAUGCUAAACUAUGCCAACUCAGACAUGCAUGUUUCUCCUACGCAUGCGUCGCCGCAAGCUUCUGUGACUUGGGCUCAAGAAAUUCCUUCCGACGUAUCUCCAAUCGCUCCUCGGCAUGCUUUUGGCCACACUGGCCAUGCUCUUCCUCCAGGUGUAGCGCUGGGUAGCCAAGCGCCACUACAGGACACAACUUGGGCCAUGGUCAGCGCUGCUCCCAGUGCUUCAACCCCAGCCGUAUAUGAGCAAAUGCCAGAUGCAGCACCAUUGUGGCCUGUGGAGCCAGAUCCGCAGAGUUACGCACAUGAACAGCAUAUCCUCCCGCAUCCCGCAACCCUUGGGGUCACUCCUACCCGAGGAAAGCGCUCGCUUACAAAGAAAGCUGUGGCGAAAGUUCCUGCCGCGUUUGUUGCGAGAUCGCAGAAGUCGAAGGUGUCGAAGAGGAAAGGGCCUCUGGACGAACAGGCUCGGCGGAAAACACAUGAGAUGCGUAAUGGCCGGUCUAACCAGGAAGAAGGUGAAUUCAUAGGUUACGAGUGGCUACCAAACUGGGACCUCCUCAACAUGGAUAUCAUUUGGAACCUUCCAGGGACUGGCCCUAUUCACAUUCAACCAAUGCGUAUUACGAUCGGGCAAUAUUGCCCGAAACGACCCCUUUUGGAUGCGGCAACGAAUGAGUGGAGCACCACUCAGGGCCGGGUAGUUGUCGAACAGCCGCCGUACGCUGUUUACGAUACACAAAGUCUGGUUCCGCUUCUGGAAAGAUACAUUACGAAUUUGCAACCCGCUGUUGAACAAUGGAUCUUCGCACGGGUCGCUCAUGAUGAGAUAGCACUCCUCACGUACCAGGAAGUUGUCCGCCUACGAGGCAGACUCCUUCCGGGUCCGCAGAACCUGCUCGACCUCUGCAUGAGGAUUCAAUGUCUCUCGAUCGUGUCGCAGGGUUAUGGCACCGUUUGGUCCACUGAUGUUCCUGGUAUUCAGGAAUACGAUUUCAGCAAGUUAGGUCGCAGCCAGUAUGAGGCUUACGACAGGAAUUCUCGCGAUCGCCCGCUGCCAGGAGCCAUUAGCCAACAAGUCGAUGUCGCUGCUUUGAAGCUCCUGAAGAAACUAGAAACAGCCUGUCACAAAUUGGUGAACAACAAGAUAUUCAAGCCGAAGAUCAAGCCCUGGUAUGAAUUGUAUCUUGCUUUGUACGUCAUUUUCUGGAAUUUGGAGUACAUCCAUCGCAGUGCGGAGACCUACAUCAUGUCCAAAAAUGGAACGACUGUCGAAAAUCAUGUAAACAACGUUGUCAGUCGACAGAUAGAGAAGUGGGAGUACUCUUUCGAAGUACUUAUAACGUACUGGAAGACUGCAAUACGCGAUUAUGUGCCUUUCAAAGUAGCGCGAGAGAAUCCCGAAGAGCUGCGUAAGAAAGGUCACCUGGAUGCUCAAGGAUAUGAGUAUGUAUUGAAGCUGGUGAACAUCAUCGAUAGAAUUGGAGGAAUCGCUCAUUCUACAUCACCAUACACCGGCCUUCGAUCCACACACGACUCCCUGUCUAGUAAAUGGAUCAGGACUCUUCUGGAAACGUCCGGCGCUUAG